AUGGAAGGGUUUGACAUCCGGGACUACUGUGGAGAUGUGAAUUUAGCAGUGACGUCAUCGAUGGAUUUCAUUGAGGCAUCUUCGUCGGCAGUAUCGACAUCGCACUGUUCAAAUACUGAAGUAGCAACUCGAUCUGAUGUUAUGAAGGCCGUGAUUGGUCCGUCGAACAGUGACGCUGCGCUUUCUGUUGCAAGUCUCUUCAAUUUAUUCAAACUUCCUGAAGUGAGCCCCUUGGCAACCAGCACUGAAUUAAGUGACAAACGUUACAGCUAUUUCCUCCGGACUGUGCCCAGCGACAACAGCCAGAUGAUUGCAUUAGCUGAUAUUGUUCAACAUUUCCAGUGGUCUUCUAUCAUCGUUUUAUCCACAGACGACAUAGCGUACGGAAUCAAAGGCAGUGAACUAUUGGUAAAUCAGUUACAAGCUAGAAAUGUUUGCGUCGCCUAUCAAGCGCGUUUCAAUGUUGAAUUCACGGACUCAGAUUUCCAAGAUAUUAUCAAUAAUCUCAGAAAAUUGAGCAAUAUCACAGUGCUGGUGUCAAUAGCUGACGCGGUUGCAAUGGCGAGACUUCUAGAUGUGUUUGCACAAAACGAGAUGUUUGGCUACACUUGGUUAGCAUCCGAGGGAUGGUCGUGGUCACCAAUGUUAGCUGAAGAAAAAUAUUACAAAGUAGUUCAGGGAAUGUUGGGGGUUAGUGUUCCCUUUAACAGCGACUCGGCAUUUAUAGAUUAUCUCCAGAACCUGAAGGUCGUUGAUUGCCAAGAUCCCUUUCUGACACAAUACUGGGAACAAACGCAUAACUGCUAUUUGACAACGCGUUCAAAGAGAGUAAAUGUUUCCGCUUGCACUGGAAAUGAAACUUUUGCCAGCGAUGACCCUUUUCUUCGUGAGGCAUUAGUGUCGUCUGUAAUGGACUCGGUAAAAGUUGUAGCAUAUGGGUUGGAAGCGUGUGGUAUUUCAACCGAUUCUGAAGAUUUGCUAGAAUGCAUGAAAGAAGUCAAUUUUACAAAUGAUGGAAGCUACAGGAUAUUGUUUAAAGAAAAUGGAGACUUAGCUUCCUAUGCUCGGUAUGAUAUCAUUAAUGUUCCAUCUAGCGAUUGCCAACUAUCUUUUACGCCAAAAUUGAUAGGUAGGUGGACGGAAAACAAUGGCCUAUAUAUCAAUGAAUCGACAAUAUUUUGGUCAGCGCCAGAUAGUAAUUGUGAUCAAAUUUGGAAAGGUACGUCUGAUUCUAUAACGCCAAAGUCAUUCUGCAGCGCAGACUGCGAUUUUGGAUAUCGACAACAAAUUGAUCGGGAAAAUAAUUGUUGUUGGGAGUGUAUACCGUGUCUUACUGGAGAAUAUAGUAAUACAACGAACGCCUUGAAAUGCAUUAAAUGCAAAGACGAAGAGAUGACCAACUCUUCAAAAAAUGGUUGCCAAAAGCUUCCGUAUUUCUACUUAACCCCAAAAACUAAUUUUAUCGCCUUGACAAUGUGUAUUGUAGCAUCUGUCGGGUGUAUGUUUACUUUAUGUUUAGUGUUAUUCUACGUUGUUAAACAACGUUCUACAGUUGUGUAUUUUUCAUGCGGAGAAGUGUUUAAGUUUCCUCUUCUAGUCAGUAUUAUCUGUUGUUUUUUUUUCUCGACGUUUUCUUUUACACCUACUACGCCUCUCUCCUGUGCUGUCAGUGCCAUCAUCCAAUUGUUGCCAAUAAUCCUAAGUCAAAUAAAUCUCAUGUGCAUGUGUCUUGUUCAUAGACGAAAUUCAGAAAAUGAAAAGCAGUACAGUGCAUGGAUAUUGCUAAUAAUUAUAUUGUCAUAUUUUUGCCUGAUGGGGAUCGGAUUUAUAAUUAAAAAUCCAAAUUUAGCGAAAGAGCCAGAUCCUGUGAACUCAGUUUUGAGCAUUGGAUGUUUGUUCACAGGGAUGAUCAACUGCUACACCUUGGCAAUUUUUUACAUAAUGACCCUGGACACCGUCGGUAUAAUAUUCUCUUAUCGCAUCAGAACCAAAGAAGGAAAUUUUAACGAAGCUAAGUUUAUAUUUUAUACUUUCAUAUCACAUGCUAUGCUGUGGAUUGCGAUCCUACUAGUGUAUAUUGUGGUGGGUAACCAUACGCAUAGUAAACAACUUACAAUCGCAUGCGGGAUGAUUUGUUCAGCGUACGUUGUUCUAGCGUGUAUUUUUGUUCCUAAAUUACAUGCAUAUAACCGAAAAGCAGAGGCACGGACGAUUGUAAAACAUACGAAAUGUAGAAAGAAGUUUCGAAGGAGAAGGAAUGCUUUAAAUGACAGUCAUAUUUGGAGCGAAGUAAGUCAGAAUAGCUAUAAAGUUUUCCAGCUCAGAAUCAAAACUGCUUAA